AUGCUGCUCACCCUGCUUCUCCUCCUGGGGCUGUCUGUGUGCACUGUGGCAGGGGACAAGAAACUGGCACUCGGUGGCACUGAAGCAAGGCCAUGGGAAGGUGUUGUCCCCAGCAUUCGGCUCCAGCUUCAGGAGGUGAAGAGGGGCAAAGAGAGCCAGUUCUUUGGGCUGAUGGGGAAGAAGGUGGGAAGGAUCAAGGCCAAUCCCUUAAGGACUCACUGCUUCCUCGGGGGCCGCCUUGCCGACUUGACUUGUAGCCCCAUUUCUCCUUCCCUGACCACCUGCCCUACCCAGACAGAGCUUGUCUCUAUGGCCUGGGCAUGA